CGUCGGUCGGUCGGUCGGUCGGUCCAUUUAAAAGUGUAUUCUUGACGUGUGUCCCCUUUGCCGAUCCGCGCGGGUCAGUUUGAUAGCAUUUGCCGCGCGCACGCAACGCAUUUCACGCCACGACGCGCACCCGGAACGGAUUCGAGGCGAUAUUCAAUCGGCCAUCACGGCGCUUUAGUAUAUAUUGUCGUAUUGAAAUAACGUUGUAUACACCAUACGAUAAUAUAAUACGUUUCGCGUCACGUCGGUCGGCUACAUAUACCGUACGAAUAGGUACACGAAAAGUAUAAUAUUAUAUUAUAUUAAACAAUUACCCCGCGCCGCAGAUUCUCGUUGCCCGGUUCUCUUUUCAUCUUCUCGGAGAGGUGAGACUCGGCUCGUCUUCGGCGCGCGAUAGGCGUUUUCAUUUCUUGACAUUUUUUAAUUUUUUUUUUUUUUUCACAAUCCGCCACGCACCGUCCGAGACCCGUUGUACCAUUUAACAUAGCAUUAUACGUUUUAUCAUUCAGUAUUGGUGUAUUAUAGUGCGCUUACCGAAAGUCGAAAAGUCGUUUACGCCGAUCCGCCGCCGUCUUCCGACCACAGUGGACCGCGGACGAGGACUGAAACGCCGUCGCCGCCGCCGCCGCCGCUGUCUCUUGGUCGUAACGUAGUCGUCGUCGGAUGAUGUUUAGGAUGCAGGGAACGGUAUAAUUAUUGUUUGUAGCUGCUUCAGCAUCAAUCCGCCGCCAGCCGUCACGCCGCGCGCCUAAAACGAGCGCAAACCGCACACGGUAACAAUAAUCGACGACCAUUGUCAACAUUUACAUUUGCGUCCACGGGACAGAACGGUCGUUGUCCCGGCGGAACCCGCACCGGAACCACAUACCAAACCCGUGAGCAUAUCGACACCGCGAUCAUGAACUGGUCGCGUCUGUGUUUCCUGACGGCCGUGUCCACGUUCGUCAUGUCCGGCGUUUGCGGCUCUUACAUACUGGAAGACACGCCGCUCCACUGCUCGGUGCGCCGGAGCAUAUCGCCGUGCACGUGCAGCUACUUCACCGGCAUGGUCCGGCCCAAGAUCAUGGUCAUCUGCCAGAAGAUGGUGUCGUUCGAGAGCGUCAUCGGCGCGCUCCAGAACAAAUUCGACGCGGUGUUCGACUACGUGCUCAACAUCGAGUACUCGGAACUCCACGACCUGGACACGAGGCGGUUCAACGAGCUGGGCUUCCCGAUAGUCGACCUCAAGCUCACCAAAAACAAUCUCAGCACGCUACCGGACGAGGCUUUCAUUGGCAUGAACAGGAUACGGAUCUUGUACUUGUCGGACAACAGACUUUGUGCAGUUCCUACUCAGAUAUUCAAGCACAUGCCCAGUAUCGAGGUGUUGGACUUGGCCAGGAAUUCCAUACACAGCGUUGCGUCCGGAGACUUUCAAAGUUUGUCGUUAAUGAACACAUUCGUAAUGGCCACGAACAAUUUGACCGACAUAACGAACGGAUCUUUUCCCACGACGUUGAGAAAAGUCCAAUUGGCUGCUAACAACCUGACGGAAUUAAACGGAAAUUUGAGAAAUCAAAAAGAACUGGAAUGGCUGUACUUAUCAAAUAACCGGAUAAAAAAUCUCGACGGAGAAUUGCCAAUCGACAACGACAAACUCAUAGUGUUGGACGUAUCUAAGAACAGGUUAACUCAUUUGCCACCAGAACUCAACUGUCUGAAGGCGCUGAGGUAUUUUUACUGCACAUAUAAUCAGUUGACCGGAUUGAACAAAACGCUGUCCAAGUCGAGAAAAUUGGUUUGGCUUGAGCUCACCGGUAACAAGAUACAAGAGUUGGCGUCCGACGAAUUUGAAGAAGCAUCGAUGAUCGAAGUUUUAGAACUUAGCAACAACUGCAUAAAACACCUGAACAAAUCGUUAUUGCCACUCACUCAACUAUCGGAAAUAAAUUUGUCCAACAAUAAACUCGCCGAAUUUUCGCUGACCGAAAUCAAGGGAUUAAAGGAACUCAAGUUGGUCGAUUUGUCGCACAAUACGAUUUCCAAACUGAGUGGCCAUUCUGACAUUAUAAGUGAACCAGUGACUGGAAUCGAGCACUUGAAGUUGGACCAUAACGAGUUGGAUUCGCUCGGUGGAUCAUUGAUAGGUAUCAAAACACUUGUCAAACUCAAUAUCAGUCAUAACAAAUUUACUGAUAUAUCGCCGUACGAUCUGACAGGAUUAAAUUUAAAAAUUCUAGAUGUAUCCCAUAACCUGUUACACAUACUCCCAGACUCGUCUCAGAUUCAUUUGCCGGCUCUCGAGACGUUAGUAGCUUCGUACAACGUUUUGACCGGUUUAUCAAAAGACUUCCAAGGAUAUCCUGUACUUUGUCAUGCCGAUCUCGAGUUUAACAGUAUACAGACCAUUCAGGAAGAGCUAGUCGAAAUGACCCAAUGCAAAUUGCACGGAGUAAACAGCACGUUAAGAAUAUACUUGGAAGGCAACCCGGUGCUAUGUGACGACAACACGAAGACCAUAACGAAGGCGAUGGAGUUGAAAUACAACGCAGAAGUCAGUGGCACCGCCAAGUGCAUUCCCGUCACAAACGACAUAAAAAUAUCUAACCUGACCGAGAUCGACCAAUCCCCAAUUACCGUGAUCGUGACCUGA